AUGAACGAUCCGUCCUCGUCGGUUGCGCAGCCAUUGAACAGAACGUUGAAUGGAACAAUUACAAGUGCCACUCGUGAAAAGGCAGUAUAUUUGCUCCAUUCGAAUGUGAAGAUUCUAACAAAUGCAAUCGCUGCUCUCAGCAAGAUUGGCGACGAGAUUUUUCUACAGCCACAAGAACGCGGUCUAUGUUUAAAAGCGUUUAACAAAAAUCGCUCAGCCUACGGUGCUUUUCUCUUUGCCGAUGAUUUUUUCUCCGACUAUGACACAAAAUUCGUUCGUAGGGAUGAAGUUCGUGAUUGUCGUAUUUCAACUAAGACAGCUCUUACGAUUUUCAAAAGUGCACAUUUCGUCGAAAAGAAUUUGGUUUCUUGUACACUUACUGUUGAUUGUCUUGGACGAGAACUUCGAAUAGAUUUCCAACAUACCUACGAUGUCUCUCGUUCUUUUGAUGUUAAUGUCAUGGAAAGGCAUAAACCAUUCACUUCGAAUGUCGAUAGGAACGAUUUGUCAAAUGCUGUGACAGUCAGCGCUUCAGAAAUAGCUUCUUUUCUCAACGAAAUGCAUACUGGAAGAGAAGAACUAAUUAUGUGUGCCUCAGAUGAUAAGUUCGUUUUCAAGAACUACGUUCCGUGCGAGGAUGAAACGAAUGAAGGAUUUGCAUGCAGGACAGAAAUUACAGUGCUGAAGUCAUGUUUCAAAGGAUUUGCAGUGCAAAAGCCUUCAGAAAUCAGUUUCAGUAUGAAGGAGUUCAAGGCAAUCAUCACUUUUGCGAGACAGCAUUCCUGUGAUGUUAGCUUGUUUUUUGAGAAACCCGGAAGCGCACUUAUUGUUGCUGUUGAAAGUGAUGCUGGCUACUCAGGCGAAUUUAUCAUAGCUACUAGGGAUGGUGUUGAAGAAUCCGAUGAAGAUGCUUCGCCAGAAGCAACGCAAGAACCAACUACAAGUUUUUCGCGUAGAAGACGAGUAAGCUCUCGAAAUUCAACCUCUCAAAAAUCGCAAAAGAUUCCACUUGUUGAUGAAACUGGAGCUUCGCAAUCGCAGAAGAGGCCAAGAUCCAAUCCAGAAGAUGAGGUGGUGAAUCCCUUACCAGAACAUAGUGGAACCAUUCCUCAUGAAGAGGAACCGUCACAAAUGAUGACAACGGAGCCGAGCCGUAAUCCGUUGUUGAGCGGUGAAAUGGGUGAUUCACAUCUUGACCAACACCAAACUGAUGAUAACUUCACCAGCUUUAUUGAGCGAAGAAGCUCAGGUGAACAGGCGUCCGAUGAAAUCAUGCAGCUGGAUGAUUUUGAAUUCGAAGAAACAAGUUCUGAACCGGGUAGUAAACCGAUGGAAGUAAACUUAUCGGAGGAGCAAGUAGGAACAAGAUCGAAUGUACCUAACCGUGAUGUAAAUGUUGAGUUCCAACGACGAUUCUUGGGGAUUGGCUUGAGAGCUCAACAUCAGAGUCAGGCGGCAGCUGCAGCAAAUGCUAUUGUCCAGCCAACUCAAAUGCCUUUAGCCAACACCAGAAGAAGAUAA